GGCGUCCGGGCGGCGGCGGCGGCUCCUCAGUGUCCAGCUCCGGCGGCUGCUCCGGCGGCUGCUCCGGCCCGCGAUGCCCCACUCGGUGACCCUCCGCGGCCCUUCGCCCUGGGGCUUCCGCCUGGUGGGCGGCCGGGACUUCAGCGCGCCCCUCACCAUCUCGCGGGUGCAUGCUGGCAGCAAGGCUGCAUUGGCUGCCCUGUGUCCAGGAGACCUGAUCCAGGCCAUCAAUGGUGAGAGCACUGAAUUGAUGACACACUUGGAGGCACAGAACCGCAUCAAGGGCUGCUACGAUCACCUCACUCUCUCUGUGAGCAGGCCUGAGGGCAGGAGCUGGCCAGGUAUCCCUGACGACAGCAAAGCUCUGGCACACAGGAUCCACAUUGAUGCCGAAACACAGGAUGGCAGUCCAGCCAGCAGUAGAAGGUCCUCCAUCUCUGGGAGUGGGCAGGAAGAUGGCAGACCAGGCCUGGGAUCUCCGUUUGGGCAGCCGUCUCGCCUUCCAGGCCCUCACAAUGGCACCAACAGCGAGGCAGCACUGCCUGCUCAGAUGAGCGCCCUGCGCGUGUCUCCACCGGGCAGCGCCGACCCAGCCAGAGGCGCACCGCAAGGCCGGGACUGCAGAGUCGACCUGGGCUCGGAGGUGUACCGGAUGCUGCGGGAACCACCGGAGCCCACGGCCGCGGAACCCAAGCAGUCCGGCUCCUUCCGCUACCUGCAGGGCAUGCUGGAAGCCGGCGAGGGCGGGGAGCGGCCCCUGCCAGGUGGACCGCGGAACCUCAAGCCGGCGGCCAAGCUGGGCGCCCCGCUGAGCGGCCUGCAGGGGCUGCCGGAGUGCACGCGCUGCGGCCACGGGAUCGUAGGCACCAUCGUGAAGGCGCGGGACAAGCUCUACCACCCCGAGUGCUUCAUGUGCAGCGACUGCGGCCUGAACCUCAAGCAGCGCGGCUACUUCUUCCUGGACGAGCGGCUGUACUGCGAGAACCACGCGAAGGCGCGCGUCAAGCCGCCCGAGGGCUACGACGUGGUGGCAGUGUACCCCAACGCCAAGGUGGAGCUCGUUUGAGCCCGCCCCUCCACCCCGCCUCUGCUUUUUCUAACGUCCGCGCGUGGCCCCGUGUAAAUAGGUGCCCCCUGGCCUUUCUAAUAAAGCCCCUCUG